AAUCUUUGUGCUUUAGGAAAGCGCCUGCUUGGCUAACUAGUGCGGUUCCAUUAUUACCUCACCGACGACUUACCCUUCUGUGACCACAGAUGAUCACGACGUUUAGUCCGCCUUUACAUUUCCCUCAGUCAGAGCUCAGAGUUUGUUGUAAUGCUGAGCAAAGUCUGGUCUCGAUGAGCUCAGCCAUAUCGAGGCUGAGUGUAGAAAGCUCGACCACUGCUACUUUCGGAAACUCCCACUAAGUCGCUUCUCUGCUGUUUCCUGCAACGAUGUGAGAUGAAGGAAGAGCAAGUUUAAAAGCUUUGUUCAGUUGUGUUUUAAACCAACAAAUUCUGGAUAGCCGACAGAUCAUGAAAUAAGGAGAAAUAUGAAGGACAGACUGUGUGACCUUAGUGAUGUUCAAACCAAACUCUCGCAGGAAGAGCAUCUUUCAGCAGAAAAUGGAGAGAACAUAGACAAUGGCGAGCUGGAGCAGCAUGCGGUGGUGUUCGAGGGUGAGGACGUCAUGGACGACGUGUUCAGGGAGGUCCAGUCGAUGCACAAAAAAAUAGCUCACCUCAGGAUGGAGGUGAAGAGGCUGGGCAAGCAGAACACUCGUUUCCUCACCUCCGUCCGACGCAUCAGCAGCAUCAAACGUGACUCUAAUGCCAUUGCACGCAACAUCAAAGCCGAAGGAGAGAAGCUGUAUGCGAAGCUACAGCAGAUGGAUGCGCAGUGCAAAAAUCUGGAGGAAAAACAUGGAGCUCAUUCUGCGGUGGUCCGCAUGGCUCGCUCCCAGUACAUUUCUUUGACCAGCGCCUUCCAUGAGGCUAUGUCUGAAUAUAAUGAGGCUGAGAUGGCACAGAAGGAAAGCUGCAAGAUGCGCAUCCAGAGGCAGGCGGAGAUCAUGGGCAAGGAGGUGACUGGGGACCAGAUUGAAGAGAUGAUUGAGACUGGGAAGUGGAACGUGUUCUCUGAUGACCUGGUCACAGAUGGAAGAACAUUCCGCUCAGCGCUCAAUGAGAUUGAGAACCGUCACAAGGAGCUUCUGGAACUGGAGAGCCGCAUACGGGACAUUCACGAUCUCUUUUUCCAGCUGGCUCUGCUAGUAGAGCAGCAAGGGGCUAUGGUGGACAACAUUGAGGCCAAUGUGUGUGCGACACAGGAAUUUGUAGGCAGAGCUACUACAGAGAUAAAGAAAGCUGUGAAAUACAAGAAGAAAAACCCAUGCAGACAGCUCUUCUGCUGCUGUUUCCCGUGUUGCAAUAAGUGAUGAAUAACAUGCGUUAAUGCACGCCCAUGUCUCACCCUUUCACAAUCAUGCCUUUCACAAUAAUAGGCCUGUUUACUAAAGGCAUAGUGGCUUUAAAGAACAAUAAAGUUAACUGUGCGGUUGAUCACUCGGAUGCAAAGCAGCGUGCUGUUGUUGCAUGAGGGUCCCAUGAUUAACAGGCAGGCACAUUUAACCUCUUUCACCUCUUUCUUGCAUUUUGAUUUACUUCCUCAUGCUUGGCAUAUAGAGAGUGCUGUAGGCCAGUGGCCUGAGCGUGAUAGGUGUGACCAAGCUCACUGUGUUGUUAACCACAAAAAUAGCAGUGCAUAUUAUCUUCAUACAGUUCUGUCACUGUUUGUGCUGGGUAGAUGUUAGAGAACAUUUAUUUGGUGCAUGUGGAGAUGAGUUGUUGAACAGUGAACAGUUCUCAUGAAUUGUAGUAAUGUAAAAAAAAGUAUUCAUACUUGUGUCCGUGUAUUUUAAAAGUAUCUAAAGGGUAUUAUGUCUGCAGAGCAAGAAAGCUUUAUGUCUUAUGUCAAGUGGGCACAUUGUGCAGCCAAUUAAUAAUACCUGUUGUUAAUAUUCACUGUUAUCAUUAAUUUAAUAAAUAAUUUUACUUUGUAGUUUUAGUGUUAUGUCUUGGAAGAAGUUACUUUUACUGGUUUCUUUUAACUUCUCUAUUCUAGUUUCUGUUACAUAACUGAUAGUAGAGGAGAAUGCAGUACUUUACAGUCUUACAUCAGCAAUGGUAGCUGUAGCAGAUCCUGAAAAAUGCACUAUACAAAUAUUUUCCCAAUAAAUUCCUAACUGCUAAUACAAUAAGUAAUACAUAGAGUGGAUAAUAUGACAGUAUUUUAUCGUAUUCUGUUAAAUAACAUCGAAAUACACCACAAUAUGCUUUACUCUGCAUAUCUCGGUUAUCGUCAAUACUUACAGAGCGCUGAUCAGCUGCAUGUUUCAUUACAAAGAGAGCAUAAUUAUUUUAAUUUAGUUCAGCACAGUAUGUGAAAUGUUGAA